CGUGAUGAUCCUUCAUCUGCGUCAGACCUGUGUAAACUGGGCUAGACUAUUUAAGGAGCAGCAUUUCAGACUGUUAGAACUUAUCUAACCUGAACACUAGUCUCUCUGAUUUGAACUAGGAAAAAGUAUCUUACUUAAAGCUAUGUACAGUGGUAUCUGCAUCUACAUGUUCCUUGCUAUGCUGUCAACAAGCUCUUUUGGACAGCAGGCUACAGGCUCACACAAUGAGAAUCCUGUGGCCACUGAGCUUGAGCAGAGCUUGACAGAGCAUCACCGACAUGUUCGUGUCCCUUCAUCAGCUGGCCAGCUGAAACCUAUCCAGCGGGUGGAUGGAAAUGUUGACCAAAAAGCCAACAUUGGAGCUUUGUUGGCCAAAUAUCUCCAGCAAGCCAGAAAAGGUCCUACUGGAAGGAUCUCAAUUAUGGGAAACAGGGUACAGAACACUGACCCGUCACACAGGAUAAAUGACAGAGAUUACAUGGGCUGGAUGGAUUUUGGACGCCGCAGUGCUGAAGAAUACGAGGACUCCUCUUAAAGAACAGCAAACUAUCUCAAAAAGAAGAAUCCUACUCCCUUUUCUGUACAGAAGGAAAAAAUUAAUUUGUUGUCCUCUACAAAUCAGUGUUUAAAAAAAUAUAUUAUGUCCUUGAUGUAAAUUUGUCUGUAAAACUAUACAAUGCAAUAUAUACAUAUGCAGAAUUUUCAAAAAAAAAAUGUUCUCUUUCUCCUAUGGUUUCUUCUCAUACACUGUUGAUAUUAUAUUAAAAUUAUUUCAUUUAUUCCCUUCUUGUCCUGUCACAGCAAGUUGCUGGGUGUCUUACAAUAAACUCAAGCAGGAAAAUGCCUUCAUUCUACUAGGUAAAUAUAUUACAUGUGUUAAGCAAGCAUACAGGUGAAAAACCACUUUUAAAAUAAACCUUGCAGCAUUCUCUUUGGUUGUGGACUCUAGAGGUAACCUGUCCAAGUGUCUAUCUAAUAGCACAGUUUUGCCACAAAAGGUCAAGUAUCUUCAUGGUUACCCCAUUUGUAAAGGAUUCAGUUAUACAACAAAGUCACAUGUUUUCAGUGAAUGGUCAACAGUGCUGAACUUUAGGAAAAACCUUACAUCUUCUUGUCUCAGUUAUUUUCUGUUGUGAAUUAAAUGUGAAAAUUCUGCUAACAGCUAUGAAUCAUGGAAUAAAUAGAACAUCCCUUG